AUGUCCUCCUCAUCGGAUUCCCCUAAGAAAGCGAACCCACCAGCAAAAGCACCAGAUGCCACUCCCAGCAGACCCGCACAGUCGGUCGGCUCAGAGGAUGUCCACCGUCCUAGGCCCUUCACCUGGAGCAGCGUCUUAGACCUGUACAACAUCAUGAGGUUCCUCAUCAAGAACUUCAUCAUAAAGGUCUUCUACUCCCGUAUAUCGUACGUUGGUCGCCACCAUAUCCCUCCGAAGGGCGAGGCUGUUAUUUUCGUGUCUAACCAUCCUAACCAGUUCGUUGACGGUGGUAACAUCCUCGCAGCUGUGGACAGUAGGAAGAUACGAUUUAUCACAGCGGCUAAGUCGAUGAGAAGACCUGUCAUUGGGCUCAUUGCCAAGUCCUUUGGAGCGGUGCCUGUGGAGAGAUCCCAAGACCUGGCGUAUGCAGGGAAGGGCACGAUCACCACUAGUACUGAUUCGAAUGGGAAGACUAUUGUUAAAGUGGAGGGAGGCUCAUUCGAUGGCCUUGUUCCUGGGACCAAGCUGAAGACACAGAAUCUUCUACUGCCGAUUGUUCGCAUCAUUGACGAUUCUACAGCAGAGGUACGUGAGGCGGUUGAGUUGAAGGAGCCUACCACAUACAAGAUAUGGCCCAAGCUGGAUCAGCAUCUCAUGUAUGCUAAUGUGUAUAAGAAUCUUGCUGAAGGGAAAGCUAUUGGUAUCUUCCCCGAAGGAGGCUCUCACGAUAAUGUGGGCAGACUGCUCGAGCUGAAGCCAGGUGUAGCUAUCAUGACUCUAGGAGCACUAGCCAGUCCGAAACAUGAGAUCAACAGAAUCACGAUUGUCCCCAUUGGUCUUAACUACUUCGAACCAUAUCGUUUCCGCUCUUCUCUAAUCUGUGAGUUUGGCCGUCCUGUGGUUGUCGAGAAGGACUCACAGCUGUUCCGGGAGUACAUUAAUCCCGAUACUAAGCGUAAGGCGGUGGGGUCACUCAUGCGCGAUAUCGAGACUGCUAUGCUCGGUUGUAUUAUACCAGCGGCGAGUUAUGAUACCCUCCAGGCGAUACAGACCGCCACCAAGCUCUAUAUGGGUCCGAUGAGUGCGAAAAUAACUACUGGAGAGAAAAUGGAGAUAUCAAAGAGGAUGGCGAGAGUGAUGAAUUCCAAGUAUAUGGAAGAGGACGAGAAGUUGCGUCAGCUUAUGGAACAAAUACAGGAUUAUAAUUUGGAGCUCAAGACCAAUCAUAUAAGAGAUAGAGAUGUGCAGAAUAUCCAAGCGCAGAGUAUAGGGUUCUUCCCAGAGGCUCUGUGGUACUUCCAGCGAAUAGUGAUUAUUCUACUAUCAAUGUUCAUCGCUAUCCCUUCGUUAAUGCUCUUCGCUCCAGUGGCGAGGAUCUGCCAGAGCCUUUCACUCAAGGAGAAGUCCCGUGCAUUGGCUGCGAGUUCGGUGAAGUACAAGGCAUUCGAUGUCGUUGCCUCGUAUAAGAUCUUGGUGGCAAUAGUUAUCGUACCGAUAUACAAUCUCUUACUCUCUAUCGUAUUGGUCAAGAUGGUGCCCUUCUUUUCUCUUAUAUCCCUGCCCUUUGUGUACUUCGUGUUCACUCCGGUGGCCCAGUACUUGGCGGUUAUAGCUUCUGAUGCAUUUGUGGGGAACAUUAGGAGGAUAGCAAGACGUAUUAGGAUUUACAAGAAGGGUCGGCGAACACUUCGUGAACACCGUAACCGUCUAGUUCGUAAACUACGUAUAGCGGUGAACGAGUACGGGCCUAAAGUCUUGGGACCUGACUUUGAAGAAAAGCGGAUUCUGAAAAAUGAGGAUGUGGAGAAUAUAGAAGACACACAGGUCUCUAGUUUGGCCUCGGCCGCUAGGAGUUAUUUGGGAUCGGUCAAGCAAGACUUGCAUGAUUUUGAUGUCGAUGUGAUCCCGGAAGAUUUGGUGGAGAUCAUAUCGUCUGUAUUCUCUACUGCUGGUCACGCUGUCAGACGGGAGGUGUCAAUGGAAUAG